AUGGCGGCACGACCAACCACACCGUCGUCACCCAAGACGAUCAAGAUCAAGGCACCGGUGCCGGGCAUGCCCCUAUACGGCUGUGAACACGUGCAGCAGCUGUUCUCGCAGGGCCAGGACACGAUCAACACGUCCAUUUUUCAUUAUAAAAUCAUCCUACGCAAAAUCUUCGACCAGCCGCCAAUUGUUCCCCAGACGUCCAAGUCUGCAGACGGCCAACCAAUCACGAACCUGACACCCAACUACCUGUGUUUGCAAUGCCCGACAACGCUGGUGCCGGAGGACAUUGGCAAGCAUGGCAAGAAAAAGAGCCAUCGAUUUUACGUCGAAUCACGAUGCGGCACCCUGUACUGCCACAUGUGCGACGAUUUCGUGUACGACCCAACAUUGGAGGAGCUUCGGCUGCGCAAGAUAGGCACCGGCUCAUUCUCGACAAACCGCAAGCGGAAGCAUGACGAGCUGUUCUCGGACUCGCUCAAGGACGACCCCAGAUACAUUGCCUCCAACACGACUCUUGCGUCGUGCCGGGCCAGCGGUCUGCGUGGCAUCUACAAUGCCGGCGCUACCUGCUACCAGAAUGUGAUUAUGCAGUGUUUCUUGCACAACCCGCUCCUGCGCAACUUUUAUCUGUCCGACGGCCACCAGAGCUCGCUGUGCGAGUCGCCACACUGCCUCAGCUGCGCCAUGGACGACGUGUUUCAAGAGUUUUACGGCCAGGAAACAACCAACGGCUACACGGCAGCCAAUAUCUUGUCGAGCUUCUGGAUCUCCGAGAAGAAGGCGUUUGCCAACCUCGUGACCACCAGGGAGCAAGAUGCGCACGAGUUCUUUCAGUUCCUGGCCGAAGAGCUGCACGAGCGCAACGGGGACGGCAAGAAACCCGAGCACGGGAGCGAGCAUUCGUGCACGUGCAUCAUCCACCAGACGUUCUACGGCAAACUGCAGAGCACGACGACGUGUCAGCAGUGCAACGGCGUGACGAACCAGGUGCAGUCGUUCUUGGAUCUGAGCCUGGGAGUCGACAACAUGAAGCGGUCCAAGAAGGCGCAGGCCGGUUCCGGUGCAAACAAACUCACGCUGCAACAGUGCCUCGACGAGGAGUACAUCAAGUCGGACAAGUGCGAGUACCGCUGUCACAAGUGCCACUCGACGCGGCAAGCGCGCCGCCACACGUCCAUCAAGUCGUUGCCCAAUGUGCUGUCCAUUCAACUUAAACGCUUUGAGUAUAAGCAGGGUCGCCACGACAAGGCUGUCAAGGUCGACACACCCGUCGAGUUCCCACUGCAGCUUAACAUGUUGCCGUACACCAACCGCAGCCGUGGCAACCAGGAUAGUCGCGAAAGCUACGAGCUCAACCGGUCGUGCAUGUACGACCUGCUAAGCGUCGUCGUGCAUGUCGGUGAGAUCGACACGGGCCACUACGUGUCCUACUGCCGCGUGGGCGACCAGUGGUUCGCUUUCAACGACCACCGCGUCGAGCUGGCGUCCAACUCCGAGGUCCUGGGCGCCAAGGCGUACCUCCUCUUCUACAUCAUCCGCUCUCUAGCUUAA